AUGGAUAUGGACUUUGUCAAUUAUUCUCCCAUAAAUACGGACACUAAUAUUAGUUCGAACAACGGAGUGAGAACAGAUUUCAACUUUCAAGACGUGCCACAUUGUUCUAAUGUUGAAGAAGUAAUUGUUGAGCCUCAUGUUGGAAUGGAAUUUGACUCAUUGGAAAAAGUUGAAGAAUUAUAUAAAAUAUUUGCUAAGGCAAAAGGGUUUGGAAUUCGUACCCGCGAUAGUAAAAAGAAUUAUUGUAGAUUUGUAUGUGUUAGGGAAGGUGAAAACAAACCAAAAAGUGGUAACAUGGGAGAAGUUAAGAGAACGUCUUCAACCCAACGCUUGGGAUGUCAAUCAUCACUUUGUGUGUCAAAGGAUAAGAAACGAGACAUAUGGGUUGUAAAAUCUUUUGACAAUAAUCACAAUCAUAUCAUGGCUAGUCCUAAGAGUGUGUCUUAUUUGAGGUGUCAUAGGAAAAUGAAUGGUGCUGCAAAAAAUCUUGUUGAAAAGUUUAAUGCAGAAGGUUUACCUACUGCUAAGGUUGCUGCAAUCUUUAACGGUAGUGAUUUAUCUUUUUCUAACCGGGACUGUUGGAAUCAUUUGAGGAAUGUUCGAAGGAAGAAUUUGGAUGUUGGAGAUGCACAAGCUGUUUUGAACUAUUGUAAACAAAAACAAGCUCAGAAUUCUAAUUUUUUUUAUGCAAUACAAUGUGAUGAUGAUGAUAGAAUGAUAAACUUUUGUUGGUUGGAUGCUAGGUCAAGGGCUGCUUAUCAAUAUUUUGGAGAUGUUAUUACUUUUGAUACAACAUAUAGAACCAAUAAAUAUAGUAUGCCAUUUGCCCCAUUUACGGGAUUGAACCAUCAUUUGCAGUCAAUUUUAUUUGGUUGUGCAUUAUUACAAGAUGAAUUUGAGAAAUCUUUUGUAUGGUUAUUUGAAACUUGGCUUGAGGCAAUGAAUGGAAAGAAGCCUAUUGGAUUCUAA